UAUACCGACGCUGAAAUUUAGAAAACUGGCCAAAGUUAUGCAGGUCUGGAUUCUGCCUCUAAAGCGCUCUCCCCCUUAUAAAGGAUACCGGGGUUAGUAUGGUGCCAGAAAACUCCAUGUCAUCAACAACCUAGCGCUGCUUGGCUCAAAAACGAAGGCAUUUUUAUCUUGUACAUGAUUUUACAACUAACCGGUACCACAAGGAUCAGCAUUUCUGUUGGUAGUACACAGCUGAAAUGGUAGAGUGAGAUGUUGCCAGUGGUCAGAUUACUUUUGCCUUUCAAACCUUGAUAUGCUUGAUAUGACUGGAUGACAUUUAUCUAAAUCAGCUACUACAACAGUCACACCGUGGAUGAAUGUGUUUGUGAGAGGACGGCGGCACCUGACCAUCAUGUCCAAAAAGCUGUUUUGGAAGGUGACAAGUGGCAUGUUCAUUCGGACAUUCCACGUUUCCCUCACUCUGGCAAUCCUGUGUGUUUUCAUCUUCAAAGACACAGCAUUGAGGGAAGCGAUUCUACAAAGAGACAUCCCAUAUGUCCUAGCCUUUGCUACCCUCCUGACCAUAUCCGGUGGGUUGUACUUCCAAGCAAGCCUCAUGGACCCAGGCUUUGUUCCUGUUGACGGAACCAAGAACCGUGCCUGGGAAAAUGAUAGCAGUUCCGAUUCCAAUGAGGAGAAGGAUGACGAGGAGGAUGAAGAUGGUAGGAGCAGCUCCAAAGAUGAGGAGGCGGUGAGGAUGUUGUCAUCGCCAAGGAGACGUGCUGGAGUUAGACUCAGAAAAUGCGACUUUUGUGAGAUAAAACAACCAAUGCGAUCCAAGCACUGCGAAGACUGCAGUCGUUGCGUACGGAAGUUUGACCACCAUUGUCCCUGGCUAGAGAACUGUGUCGGGGAGAGUAACCACCGCUUCUUCUGGCUCUUUCUACUGACUGAAACGACGCUGGUGCUGUGGUCAUUACAAAUAACAUGGGGUGCCUUCCAGUGGAAACACACCCUGACCGAGUGGCUGAAGGCCAACGCCUUCUUCCUCGUCUGCAUCAUCAUCAUCGCCCUGGCCGCGAUGGCCCUGACGGGCCUCCUGUGUUGCCACAGCUACAUGAUGAUCACCAACCAGACCACCUGGGAGUUCAUGUCGCACGAACGCAUCACCUACCUGCGGAACCUGGAGGAGUCAGUCAACCCGUUCGACGAGGGCUACCUGCGCAACUGCGUCAAGUUCUUCUUCUACUGCCCCUACAGGAGGUGGGAGCAGAUGGUGGAGAAGAAGUGCGAGUGCGUCCAUCCGUCAAACUCUGUCUGAAGACAUCAAUUCACCAGUCGUCUUCACCACUUUUUGUCCCCUCGCUUUUCCUGUCAAGGGAAUGCACAACCCUUCACAUAUUUUUCCAUGUCUGAUCGUCAAUUUCAAUCUUUAGCUUUGAAGUGUAUAAGGAGGGAUGAUUGGAUAAAAUCAUCGUUCAGUGGCAGUUUUGGAAUUCAAGAAACUGUAUCUUGAAAGAGAUUCUGGCCACUCAAAAACUGAUCUUGGUUUUAUCAACAGUGAUACUUCCUAAAUUCAGUAAAAAUAAAGCCUAUUAAUUCAUUCCGUGUAUUAAUCUGCCUUUUUAGAUUUUAUCCGAAAAGUUUACAGAUGUAGUCUUUUUUGUUCUUUUAGGGUAGUGUUUUGGAUUAAAGAUAUUUAUGGAGGUCACCCGUACUGAGGAAUAUUUCUAACCUGAACAUACCUUAUUUUCAAGAGGUUAGUUGCAUGAAACUUGUUCAGAGUAUGUUCAAUUCAGUCCUGGACGGUUUCAAGGUGUCGAGCAGUUUCCGUUUCCUAAGCUCAAAGCUUAUGAUUUGUAAAGUCACAGCUAGUUGCUGUAAAUAGCCACUGAAGACCAAUAAAUUAUUUAAAAGUCUGUACAUUCCUUUCUGUAUGUGGUGGUCUGUCCUAUUUGAUAUUUAUUACUGCACUAUUGGUGGCACACUUAGGCCUGAGGUCAUUGUUAUGUACUUCUCUAUACAGUCGAACCUUGUUAAUAAGAGCACUGUUAAUACAAGAGUCUGCUUAUAACAAGGAAAAUCGUAGGU